GAUAUUUACAAAUAUGGCCAAAACCCGCAAAGAAGGACUGUAUUCUCCAACAAAAUUAAAAAAAGCAUUGGAGUCUGUAAAGAAUGGCAGAACAAUCCGGCAAACUGCAAAGGAUUUUGAAAUUCCUUAUUCAACAAUCCGUUCUAAAAUGAAAGGUAUCAAUCCUAUUGAAAUGAAGAAAGGUCCCAGUCCAGUAUUAAGUGCCGAAGAAGAGACAAAUUUAGUAAAUUGGAUUGUUAAUUUGGGCGUAGCUGAAUAUCCUCGAACUAAAGAAUCCAUUCUUGACAGUGUGCAAUUAAUCUGCACUAAAUUAAAGAAGGUAACACCAUUUACAAAUAAUAGACCAUCUAAAAGCUGGUAUAACGGGUUCAUGAAACGACAUCAUGAUGUAUUAAGUACACGAAUUAAUAAUAAAAAUUUAACGAAAAGACGAGUUAAUGUUAAUGAAAAAUCUAUCAGAUUAUGGUUUGAAGAGGUUGGCAGUUAUUUAAAAUCUAAAAAUUUAUUGAAUAUUGAUCCGUCACGAGUAUUUAACUUAGAUGAAAAUUGCUUUUAUCUUAAACCAAAAACUGAACAAGUUAUUGUAAAAAAAAGUCAAAAAAACGUCUAUAAUUUGUGUAAUGAUAAGGAUUCAUUAACAGCUUUAGUCUUAAGCAAAGCUCUCAGCCAACUAGAUUUACCAAAGAUUUUAGGCAAAGGAUUUGAAGUAUGUGGGCUUUAUCCAUUUUGUGCUGACGCUAUUGAUUAUUCGAAAAUUGUAGGUGAUAACUCGCAAAAAAGUAAUUUGGAAACAAAUGAUAUAAAGACAAAUGAUCAAGUUGAUAACUCAUUUAUUAACUUUGUGGAACAAAAUAUAAAUAGUGAAUCUCUUGAGCGUUUUAAAAAUGCAGCAAAAAUCGGAGAUUGGGAUGGACCGCUUGAAGAAAAGAGACUGUAUGAAUUUUGGUUAAAAACUUGUUUUAUUUCUGAUGGUUAUUCUCAACUUAUCAAUUAUAAU